ACUCGCAAGAGAACACUUUCUACCAGUCGAGAGACAAACGUAUACCAUUCACAAAGCGACGGCGGCAAAAGUUGCCUCUCGGAGAGGCCCUCCCCUUUCUUUCUGUCUUGCGGCUUUCUGAAACGUGGUACAAACGAAAAGGAAGUAUAGAAUUAAGUCUUUUAUGUAUGUGUUAACAUGUGCCAUUUGUAAAGGAUGGCAUUAAUUCCUACGAGGGAAGGAAAGGUUGGUCCUUUCGAGGAGACUGCCAUAACAUCGAGCGCAUUUUUCUUGUACAUAAACUGCUUUGUUAGACAUAAUUCGAAAGACUAAUUAACCGUAUAGUUGAAAAGCAUCAUUAUCGUAACGAAAACAAGGAAGGGAGAAAGGAAAAAAGAAACGGAUAUGAUACUAAAACCAAAACAAAGUUGGGUGUGUGGUGUGUCCUGUGGUUGUGCUUUUCUGAUGGUCUAUACUUACUGUGUCCUUUACUCGUCUUAUCAGUGGAACACAAAGGUGCACCAGAACUACGACUACGAGGGAAGCAUAGCUAGAAUCUUGCUGAAGCAACACCUCUUCAGCGACAACGUCACGAGAGAUGAAGAAGAAGAAGAAGAAGAAGAAUGUUCAUAUUCCCGGAGAAGUCUCGGUCGUAUAGAAGCGAACGACACCGGGUAUGUAAACGUCGUCGAGGUCAGGCAGACCAGGCCUCCUCCCUCCUCCAACACCAAAAAAAUAUGGAAUUCCACGGCAAGCAUAUACACCAAUUGGAGAAGGAAAGGGGUUAAAUUGGGUCUAAUGACCGAAGAGGAGUACAUGACGGCGAAGGAGGUGAACAGAGGCCGCCAGAUGCAUAUGCAGAGGUCGUGUCAGAAGUUCAGUGCCUCGACGGCCAACGUCUUCCUCGACAUCAUGACCCAUUCCAAGGGCAACUUCUACAAACUGGACGGCACAUACUUCCUCCCUCAGUCACCUUAUGCUUCCAGCUUCCAGGUGGAUUGGGUAAGGCCUCCAGGUUUCAAGGCUGAUGAAGUGAUGUUCUGCUGGCAGUACAAGGUGGGAUCGACCGCCUGGAACGCGCUGUUUGCCCAUCUCCUGAACCAGACGAGAGUCAUUCGUGCCAAAACAUUUUAUGACAUGCGCGAAAUUAUGGCCGUGAAGAAUGCCAGCGACAUGAAGAAGGCCCUGAAGUUCUACAGGUUCAUGAUCGUUCGCCACCCAUUCGAGAGGCUGCUGUCGGCCUACAGAGACAGGAUAGAGGACACGACGCACCGCUCGUGGCAGAGGGAGUUCUUCGGACCUCAGAUCCUGGCUGUUACCAGACCCAAACUCAAGGAAAGUGAGAUGAAAACUUCCGGAAGUUUGAGCGUCAUUCCUACGUUCACCGAGUUCGUGCAGUAUCUGCUGGAGACGCACAUGGACAAGUACGACCCCCACUGGGCACCCUUCUGGAAGCACUGCGCCCCUUGCGCCGUCAGUUACCACGCCAUCGGGAAGAGGGAGACGCAGCUUCAGGACGAACGUUUUAUUCUCGAGGAAUCCGGUUUGGCUACGAAAGCCAACUUGAAGAUACUUGAAGAAAAUGCCCACCAAGGCCGUGGCGAUACGCAGAAACUCAUGCUGAAAUACUUCUCAACUCUCAACUUAAGUACCUUGGAAAAACUGUACAGGCGUUACGAGGUCGACUUCUAUCUAUUCGGCUACGACGUUCAGCUCCUCUUGAAUGAGCUUUAUCCGGGAAGGAAUGUUUCAUUCCCGUCUUCGUUCCAUUGAAGAUGGGUCUUUGUUGGUAUGAAGAGUCGGAGGUCUACACCAGGGCUUCUGACCCCUUUCGCGCCUGAUUGCAAAUUCGCGAUCACUGUCAUAUCAUUGCCUAAAACUUCGUGCUAUGCCAUGAUGACUCGUACUGGUCUUUCAUCGUAGUUGUAUAUCGAGACUUUGUAUAUCUGUUGAUUUAUAAAAUA